UGCCUAGCGAGAGGACGUGCCGUUCCUCCCGUCACCCUAUACGCGCUCGGUUGAAAAACAAAAAAACAAGUCUCAGGAUGUCUUGGGUGUCGAAAGGAAGUUAAGGAAAGUCACUUAACUAACUCCGUUGGCUUUCCUCCUGGACCCCGAAUCAUGAAAAGCAACUGCAGCUUUUCCCGGUUGCAAGUUUAACGGAAGUUGCGUUUACCAGCUGAACUUCCACUUUCAUGAAGAAGUUCUCACAGGCGAGACUCGUUGAAAAUGACGUUGUUUCGCUGCGCUUGUCGCCGAGAUACGUCCUGUUCUGAGCUGUGGGGAGAGAAAAGCGAACGGUGAUAUCUAUCUGAACUGAUGUCGUUGCUAAAUAUCCCAUUAAAAGUAUUUCACGUAGUUUCCUGAAUAUCAUAGCAGUAGUAGAUUUCCUCGACAUAUUAUUACUUGGAGUUCUUCUGUUGUCCUAUUCUUGACGGGGAAGUGAUGACGCUUCGCGGAUGUUUAUAGCAUCCCUUUCUGGGGAACAUUUUCGUUUGAGUUAAGUUUUUCUCUUUUUGUUUUGUUUUGUCGAUGCUUCUUGAAUGAUUAACCACCACCGCUAAGAUGAACAGCUCCGAGAGCUUCGAUCACGUCACGAACUGCAGCCUGGCAGACCUGGCGGAGUACGAGUUCAACGACUCGGACUGGGACAUCUUCGAGAACAUAACGGAGGAGGUGGAGGGCGGCUUCAGGAACUGCUCCUUGAUCGAGCAUGUGGCCAACGUCAACUGCUCCCCCUCCCAGCACAUGUGCAUGUGCGCCAAGGACAUGUACAAACUGUACUGCUUCGGCACGCCGGAGUACUACUCGUACAUCUACCGCUUCAUCGGGACGCUCUUCCAGGGAAUCAUAUUCAUCAUCGGAGUCAUCGGCAACGUCAUGGUCGUCAUCGUGGUCGCUAAGAACAAGAACAUGGCCACGCCCACCAACUGCUAUCUGGUGAGUCUAGCCGUGGCUGACUGUGCCGUGUUGAUAGCAGCCGUGCCGCAGGAGAUCGUCAGCUACUAUCUCAUCGGGAACCACUGGAUAUGGGGCAGAGGGGGCUGCGCCAUCCUGAUAUUCCUGCAGAACCUGGGCAUCAACGCCAGUUCCCUCAGCCUCACGGCCUUCACCGUGGAGCGCUACAUCGCCAUAUGCCACCCCAUGAAGGCGCAGACUGUGUGCACCGUCGAGAGAGCGAAGAAAAUCACGAUCAUGGUCUGGGUGUUCGCCGUCUGCUACUGCUCUCCCUGGCUCUACCUGACGACGGUGGUUCCCAUGACCUACGCCGUCGACUACCCUACGCAGGAGUGUACCUUCAAGCUCUCGCGUGACCAGUACUUUCUCUACUACUUCCUGGACAUCAUCGUCUUCUACGUGGUUCCUCUCCUCCUGUCCUGCGUCCUCUAUAGUCUCAUUGCCAGGAUUCUCUUCAACUCGCAGGUGCCCAAGAACCCGACCAUCAACGGGCACCAUGACAAAAAGAGAGCCACUUCACCCAGGGUCCAAGUUGUUAAAAUGCUGGCAGUGGUUGUAGCCAUCUUCGCGACAUUGUGGCUUCCAUACAGGACUCUACUCGUCUAUAACUCCCUUCUGGCUAUGUUCGGAUACAAACCUUAUAAGGACCUCUGGUACUUGCUCUUUGCCAAAACUUGUAUCUUCAUCAACAGCGCCAUCAACCCAAUACUGUACAACGCACUUUCCAUUAAGUUCCGCCGGGCAUUCAAGAGAAUGCUGUCCUGCGGCCACGGGAGGAAAGAGCAGUGGGCUAUGACAAUGUUCUACAGCGAAGGCGGAAGACGACCGCACUCCAGAGGUACGGGAUGCGGCCUCGGCGGAGGAGGAGGAGGAGGAGGAGGAGGAGGGGGUGGAGGAGGGGGAUUAGGAGGAGGUGGAGGGGGGCGUGAGCCCUCCGUCUCCCCACGCAUCCAUUACCAAGCGGCUCCCAUUGAAGAGCCACCAACUAUGGGACACGCGUUCACUAACGCCCCAUCGCUCAAGGUUAAUAACUGA